AUGACAGCUCCUAUAAUCAUACAGUGUGAUGCGUCUCAAGAUGCUCUUGGGUGCUGUUUGCUACAAAACAACAAACCUGUUUACAUGGCGUCUAGGUCUCUUAACUCAGCUGAGGUCGGUUAUGCCCAAGUUGAGAAGGAAUUGCUAGCAAUUAUGAUAGCUGACAACAUGCCUUUUGAUUCUUACGAACUAAGAGAGUUUGCAAAGGAGUGGAAUUUUAAAAUACAAACUACAAGUCCUAACUAUCCUCAAGCCAAUGGCUUAGCAGAAAAAGCUGUAGGUAUCGGAUUGGGCCACACCAAUUGUUGUUUCCGUAAAAGCAAUGGUAAAAUACGAAUUUGCGGUGAUUAUAAGGCAACGUUAAACAAAGCUAUCCAAGAUCAUCUGUACCCUAUUCCACCAAUCUCUCAGCUCUUAGCAAACUUCAACCAAGGGAAAUAUUUUGCUAAGUUAGAUUUAGCCCAAGCUUAUCAACAACUGGUUAUUGACGAGAAGUCGGCACUAGCUCAGACACUAAUUACACACAAGGGUGCUUUUAAACCAAAAAGACUACAAUUCGAUCUCAACUUUACGCCUUUCAUUUCUCGUAAAAAUUCAAUUUCUCAAUACAAACAAUGUUUACUUUGGGGAACUAGGGUGAUCAUUCCAUCCACUCUCAGGCAACAAGCUCUGAAGCUUCUACACAUGGGACAUGAGGGCAUUGUUCGAACAAAGGCGUUGGCUCGAAGCUAUUUCUGGUGGCCAAAACUUGAUCAAGACAUAGAAAACAUAGUGAAUUCUUGUCAAGCAUGUCAACAAAGUCGUCACAACCCUCCAAGAGCAACAGUUCUUCCCUGGGAGAAAACGAAACAACCCUGGUCUCGUCUCCACAUAGAUUUCGCUGGGCCCUUCCAAAACAAGUUGUUUUUGAUUGUUGUCGAUUCUUUCAGCAAAUGGUUAGAAGUAGUUUUGGUGCCUUCUACAGAUUCAAGAUCAACUAUAAAGGUCCUCAGAAGCCUUUUCGCAACACAUGGUGUUCCAGACACAAUAGUAUCUGAUAACGGGUCGGCUUUCACUUCACAAGAAUUUCGAUCGUUUAAUGAAAGCAAUGGCAUCCGCCACGUCGUGGUUGCACCAUACCAUCCGUCAUCGAAUGGUCAGGCAGAAAGGAUGGUCCAAACGACAAAAAAUUCUUUGCGACGAAUACUUCAAGGAGAUUGGCAAAAAAGAUUGGCUCAGUUCCUAAUAUCAUCUCAUAUAACGCCAAAUCGUUCUACUAAUAUGUCACCGAGUGAACUGCUGUUCGGAAGGCGUAUUAGAACCAUCUUAGACAGAGUUCACCCAGAUUAUUCUUCAAGUGACAAAGAAGAGAAAAUCUUGGAUAAAGCGCUUCACGAUUACCAACAGUCACCUCAGAGGAAAUUUAAAGAAAAUGACUCCGUAUUUGCAAGAAACUAUAAUCAGCGAGGACCAAAGUGGAUUCCUGCUAAAGUCACUAGAAUAACCGGGCCGCUGAGCUACCAUUUGAUAACAAAAGAAGGCAUUGAAAUACGACGUCAUAUUGACCAAUUGAGACCUCGCUCAGAAACAUCAAAAGCAUCUACUAACUCACACUUGGAUAAUCCUGAAUCUCCAGUAAACCCACCAUUCCACCCACUACUCCAGAAUCCUAUUCAAAUGAGAACACCAGAAGCACAUCAUAUCACUCCAGUGCAAACACCAUCAAUGGUUUGCAAUCCUAUUAUGAUGAGAACACCAGACGUACAACCAAUGCGACCAUCAGUGAUGCAACAAUCUCGCAAUUCCUUUAGUGGUAUAGAAGGUUCAAUUAACCCUCAUCAAGAAGAUGCUGGUUUCAACGUUUCUGGUUUAAUUCAAGACUCCACUAGCAUGAGCACGAGUCCACAACCUGUUCGGUCACGUGUCUCUAGAUCAAACUCCCAAAACACUUCAAUGAGCAUGAGUCCUCGACCUGUUCGUAUCCGUCAACCACCGGCAUAUCUGAAGGACUACCUAACGGGGGGAGGAGUGUUAUGUAUCAAGAAAUAA